GUAUGAAUUCUCAACACUGGGAAAAACUCCGGAAGAACUAUCGGGACAUAGUGGAAUCGGUGGAACCGUUGGAUGUUAUGCCUUAUCUCUGUGAGAAAUCAGUCCUGACCUUCGAGGAAAGGAACCAAAUCACUGGAUCUGGUUGUACCUCGGAACUGCAGAUGCAAGAACUGCUGACAAGAUUGCGUAGCAAAAAGGAGGAAGUGCAUGCUUUUCA